GCGGCUACGCGUACACCGGCCGACGUCGCCGCGGCCGCCGCGCACGACGCCUCCCCCUCCCCCUCGCCACCGGCCGCUAUUUAGGUCGCGAAUCCCACGCGGCGCCGCCGCCACCACCGCGCUGCUCCUCCGCAGCUGCUGCGGGAUCGAUCGAGGCUUUCUUCCCUCGUCGGAUCGACUGGUUUUUUUUGGGUUGGUGGGGACAUGCUGGACGCCUUCUUCAAGGGCGCCGGCGGCAGCGGCGGCGGCGCGUUUCGCGGCGCGAAAUGCAAGACGCUGCUGAAGCUGACGAUCCCGCGGAUCAAGCUGCUGCGGAACCGGCGGGAGCUGCAGCUGCGCCAGAUGCGGCGGGACAUCGCCAAGCUGCUCGAGGCCGGGCAGGAGGCCACCGCGCGCAUCAGGGUGGAGCACAUCAUCCGGGAGGAGAACAUGAUGGCGGCGCAGGAGAUUCUCGAGCUCUUCUGCGAGCUCAUCGCCGUCCGCCUGCCCAUCAUCGAGACACAAAAAGAAUGCCCGAUAGAUCUCAAAGAAGCAAUUUCCAGCAUAUGUUUCGCUGCUCCCAGGUGUGCAGAUCUGCCUGAACUGAUGCAAGUUCAGAUGAUGUUUGCAACUAAAUACGGGAAGGAGUUUGUUGCUGCAGCUACAGAGUUGAUGCCAGAUUGUGGAGUCAACCGGCAGAUAAUCGAACUACUUUCUAUCCGUGCUCCUCCUGUUGAUGCAAAGAUGAAGCUGCUGAAGGAGAUCGCUGAGGAGCAUGAGAUUGAUUGGGAUCCAGAAGCCACAGAGACAGAAUUUCUUAAACCACAUGAGGAUCUAUUGAAUGGACCAACCUACUUCAAUGGUUCUACCCUUCCUCUUCCAAAGGAGAAACAUGAGGAAACACUGGCUGCAAGUGCUACAGAGCAUCCUGAUGAAGACUACGAUGAGUCUGAUACUGGUUUUGACUCGCUGGAUUUGCCGGAAGUCCCCAAAGCAGCAAUUCGUCCACCUUCUGAUACUCCAACCCCAGAUAUUGGUACACAUGUGCAAAGCUCCCAGCCAUCUUCUCAUGUGCAAAGCUCCCAGCCACCUUCUCAUGAAUUCUCAAAUGUUCAAAGCUCCCAACCAGCUUCUCAUGAAUUCUCAAAUGUUCAAAGCUCCCAACCAGCUUCUCAUGAAUUCUCAAAUGUUCAAAGCUCCCAACCAGCUUCGCAUGAAUUCUCAAACCCGGGUGACUUGGAAGAAAAUCCAACAGCUAAUGCUGCUUUCAUGACUGAGCUAAAAGAUACAAAACCUAUUUCCACACCAUUCUCUCAGCCAACUAUGCCAAUUUCACCCAAUGAAAAGAAUCAAUAUGUUCCAUUUGCCCCUCCACCAUUCACUGCCCCCUCUCCGAUCGAGAAAUAUGAGUCAAAUCCUUCACCUUCUCCAUCUCCUCCAGUGAAGCCAACAGAUCCAGAAAUGUUCACAAGGACAAUUGAUGAAGUGACCCCACCUCCAACAACUACAGAUUACUUGUUCUCAAAGCAGCCAGAACAGUUACACUCGACCUCUACCGAGAACAUUGCAAAUAUUGACUUGGAUGAUGUACUUUCUGCAGCCCAGACAGCCGCUGAAACAGCAGAGAGAGCUGCAUCAGCAGCCCGUGCUGCUGCAAACCUUGCACAACUGCGCAUUGCAGAUCUGAAGAAGAAUAGUAAGGCUUAUGAGAACUACAGUGAUGGUGCCCGCAAGGAAGGCCAUCCUCAAACUGAGGUGACACAGAAACCAGUAUUCGAUCACCAGGAUUCCUUUUCCAGUGACACACAGGGUUAUGUGCCUUCUCAUGUGCCUCAGAGGUCUCCAUCGAUGGAGGACGAUCCAUAUUUCUCCUAUCCCAAUCUCUUCUCAUCAAAACCAUGAGGGUGGAAACUGGGUGCAAAUUAGUCAUCAGCAUGAUUCGAAGUAUCUAUUAUGUUGCUCCUUCAGCCUUAUUUUACUCCUGAAUUUGGCUGUUGCCAGGAUAUUCUGUGUAUGCUGAGUUGAUACUUAAAGGAGGGUACUGCAGUUUUACUAGGUCAAUGCUUGGCUUGUUCAAUGUCUGUAAAUUGUAAAUGUGUUCUGCUUGUACCAAAAUUUUCAUAAUAUUUACCACCUCCACAAGAAAUUAAAAAAAAAUAAAGGGGAACAUUGUUCCUUCCUA